CAGCCUAAUGCAAUGAAUAUUUACUUUGAACUACGGCAGCAUUUAAUAAUCCAUAAAACAGCUGUUUGUUUCAUGUUACUUUGUGGGUUUGCAUAAUAAAUAUAAUACUAAACACUUUUACGAAAAUAAUAAAUUAUAAUGUCGAAAGCUGCAGGCAGAUUGAAAAAAACUGUAGAUAAAGUAACACAUACUACUAAAUUAAGAACUAAUAUACCGGCUGGUAUGGCAGUUGCAGGGCCUCCACUUGGUCCUAUGUUGGGUCAGCGUGCAAUAAAUAUUGCAACUUUUUGUAAAGACUUCAACUUACGCACUGCUGAAAUCAAAGAAGGCAUUCCGAUACCUUGUCGUGUAUCAGUAAAUAGUGAUCGCAGUUAUAACCUUCUUAUGAAUGCACCCCCCGCAACAUUUUUCCUUAAGCAAGCUGCCGGCAUACAAAAAGGUGCAAUGAGCCCCGGCAGAGAAAUCUCGGGAAAAAUUACUCUAAAACAUUUAUACGAAAUAGCAGCCAUUAAAAUACAAGAUCGUCCAAAUUCUCUUCUAACGAUGCAGCAAAUGUGUGCGAUGUUAGUGGGAAUAGCUCGUACUUGUGGCAUACAAAUUGUACGUGACCUAAACGCAGACGAAUAUGCACAAUUUUUAGAAGAAAGAAAAGAAGUUGUUGCCGAACAACGGAGGGAACUGCAAGAAAAACGAGAUGCAAAAAUGUUACGUACUGGCUAAAAAUAUUAAAUUUUAUUAAUAAUUUGUACAAAAGUAAUAAACUACUCUAAACUAA